AGAACCGAGGAUAGGAAGCCUUAAAAAAAUUAAAAGUAGAAGCCUAAAAACUAACUGAAUAAAAUACCGAAUAAAUAGCUUAAAACGAAAUAACAAUUAGCAAAAUGAAGCAAGAAGAUAACUUAAUUAAUAAUUCUUAAAAAAUAAAUAAUAAUUAUUAAAAUAAUUGUAGUCUUCAUCUAGUAGAUAUGGCCGACUUAGAUUCCAUUAAAGAUUUUGUAAAUGAAUUCUUAGCCCUAAAAGUACCUUUAAAUGGUUUAGUGCAUAACGCAGGAUGUAUGUACCAUGAAAAAAUGGUUACUUAAUAUAAUUUAGAGUAUAAUUUUACCGCAAAUCUAGCCGGUCCAUAUUUUAUGACUGAACUUUUCAUGCCUUUACUUCAUGAAACUUUCAAAAAAACUAAAUAAGCGAAGGUUAUUCUAGUCGCCAGUGGAGGUUAAUACACCUAACCUUUAAGAUAUGAUGAUUUUAAUAUGGACAAAAUCAAAAACUUUGAUGGUAGAGAUAUGUAUGCAGUAAAUAAAAGAUAAUAGGUGGUCCUUUGUGAAAAAUGGACUGAUGUCUAUACCUAAAAAACUGGUGUUUAGUUUUUUUCUAUGCACCCAGGAUGGGUUGAUACACCUGUUUUACCUACUGCUAUGCCUGGAUUCUAUUAACAUUAUAAAGAAGUAUUAAGAAAAUGCCCGGAAGGAUCAGAUACUAUAUAGUGGCUUAUUUGUAUGAAUUCAGAAAAGUUAAUCAGUGGGGAAUUCUAUUUCGAUAGGAAAGCUUAAAGUAAGCAUUUGAAAUGUUGCGCAUAUACAUAACAUAAUAAAAAGGAAGUGGAUUUAUUUUAUGAAAAUCUUAAAAAAGCAUUGAAAUGUGUUAUGUGA